CUUCCUUCUUCUUCGUCCUUGAAAUAUGUCGGUUACCAGCUUCAAUGGAAGCCGGAACUCGGAUAGGCUAAGGGUUCAACUUUAGUUUUCGCUCUCUGCAGCUCUGCGUUGUCGCCUCCUCAAAAUCUUACAGUAAAGGUUUUAUUAGCCUAAGGAAUAGGCUGUGGCUUGAUUAAUUUCCAUAUUUUUGCGAGUAGCUAUGCAACAUACUGGUGCAAGAGAUACCCAACCCCGUGACUGCAACAACCAGAAGGUUCACCCCCAGCCUAUGGAAGAAGCUGCAAAUCAAAACCCGGAAGCUUUGGAAGCUCUAAUAUCUAAGAUUUUUACGAAUGUAUCGUCUUUGAAGUCAGCCUACAUUCAACUUCAAUCUGCUCAUACUCCUUAUGACCCUGACAAAAUUCAGAGUGCUGAUAAACUUGUUAUCUCGGAGUUGAAGACUCUCUCUGAGCUUAAGCAUUUCUAUCGGGAGCAUAACCCCAAGCCAGUUUGUGCUUCCCCUCAGGACUCGCGAUUAGCAUCUGAAAUUCAAGAGCAGCAAAGCUUGUUGAAGACAUAUGAGGUGAUGGUGAAGAAAUUCCAGUCCGAGAUUCAGAAUAAAGAUUCUGAUAUUGUUCAGCUGCAGCAACAAAUCCAGGAGGCGAGUCAGAAGCAAGUUAAGCUGGAGAAGAACCUCAAACUUAGGGGCUUAUCAGCCCGAGAAUGUGAUGGAAUUGGCAGUGAAAAUGGAUUCUUCUCGGUGGAUUUGACGCCUGAUCUUUUCAAGUCAUCUGUGGAAUCCGCCUAUAGAGCCAUCCACGAUUUUUCCAAGCCAGUUAUUAACAUGAUGAAAGCAGCUGGAUGGGAUCUCGAUGAAGCAGCAAACUCCAUAGAGCCGGAUGUAACCUACGCAAAGAGAGCUCACAAGAAAUAUGCAUUUGAAUCGCAUAUUUGCCAAAGAAUGUUCAGCGGGUUUCAGGAAGAGUGCUUCUCUGUGAAACCCGAGGAUCCAACAGUAACAAAGGAAAGUUUCUUCCACCAGUAUCUUGCAUUGAGAGAAAUGGAUCCACUAGAUGCAGUGGGCCAAAAUCCAGAUUCCAAUUUCGGGAAGUUCUGCAAAAGCAAAUACCUAGCAGUGCUUCACCCAAGGAUGGAGGUCUCAUUUUUCGGGAACUUGGAUCAACGAAACUAUGUCACUGGGGGUGGACAUCCAAGGACCGCAUUCUACCAGGUUUUUCUAAAGAUGGCAAAAUCCAUCUGGCUUUUGCAUAAGCUGGCAUAUUCUUUCGAGCCUCCCGUGAAGAUUUUUCAGGUCAAGAAGGGAAGUGUGUUCUCAGAAGAUUAUAUGGACAGUGUUUUGAAGAAUUUCAUCGUUGAAAACAGCGAGCAGAAACCAAAGGUCGGGCUGAUGGUCAUGCCCGGUUUCUACAUCGACGAAAGCAUAAUCCAAUGCCAGGUCUACUUAACAGGUGUGAAGGUUACUGAUUGAUUCUAAUUCCACACCUUUUAUGGUUGAAAUUACUCCUUAACUUACAUGUGCUGUGUGAUUUUCAUUCGGUUUUAUAUGCCAUUGCUGAAUUUGCAGUCUCUAUGUGAUAUAGCAGUGAUAUAUUCAGUUCCAGAUCAGAGUGAACCUUUUGUGCA